CUCCGAUCUAGGCAGUUACAGAGUAUUUUGGUUUAAUACCCAUUCCGCACUAUGAUAUAUUCAACGAUUAAAGAAUCUACAACGAAGAGAGAGACAGAGCCAGUCUGCCUCUGAAAGUAUUUAUAUUCUUAGGAAGAGAGUGUUCAAACUAUUCUCUGAGCUUGUAACGGUUGCGGUUGGGCAGUACUGAUCCAGGGUAGGUUAUUGCUAUGGUGCUCGGGUAUAUCGCAAGCAAUAACCUUGGGCCAAUUAUCGCUGCAGGGCAUAGCAUAGUUGGCGUGGGUGCAGGCAAGCUCGAAGUAGGGAACAGCUGAGCGAAGCUUCCGUAAGUGCUGUGCAGCGCAUCGCAACGAAGCUUUCGACGCCGAUCAUUAAGAUCGGUAAGCUCCUAUUUAAGCAGUGCAAAAGCAGCAGAGCGUUCUCUUUUGAAAAUUGGAAUCUGUGCAGCUAGUGAUUAUCUCCGCGUCGGUAGCAAAUAUAUAAAACGGAACGCCUCGCCUCCAAGAGUUUGUUUUGUCGCCAACCCGUGCGUCACACAGCUCUGCCAGGAGCAAACAGCACUCGUGUCUCCGUGGAAAAGUCGGAAAACUGGGCCCUGGCCACGAUCGGUAGUCCACCCAGCUCUCACAAAGUUCUGCCCCCCACACCAAACUCCCACCCUUGACGGGAGUACUCUUCGAGAGUCUACCUUGGUGUGGGGCCGAGAUUGUUUUUCCUCCUCUGGAAAUCGUGGGAAAGUCCACCUGCCCGGCUACAUAAUCUCCACCGGCUAUAACCCUUGCGCCAUCCCGCACGGACGCGCAUAGAGCGCAUAAUCCUAGCGAUCACCCCCCCUCAUUUACCAAUCCCCCUCCGACCUGGGCACACAUUAACCUUGUUUCCACAGCUCCACAACGAAAGGCGCCUUUCAGCGAGGGACCACUGUAUUGAAGCUAACGAAAUUGGAACGAGGAUAAAAUCCGUUAAUGUCCAUCGCGCGAAAUGAGGAGACAGCCGCUCCAGCGAGGAGGAGGAAAUUCAUAAAUGAAAGCUCCUAAUUGCCGAAGAAUGACGGACUAAGGGGAACAAAAGCAGAGCAAACUUUUCGGCCACAAACAUCAGCAGCGGCAGCGGCUGCGGCAGCGGCAGCGGAAUCGGUGGAACCGCGAAAAUUGUGCCACCGCAGAGGAAGCGCAGAGGAUGCUGUUAAUGCCCACAUCGUGUGGGCCGGGGCCACCCGCGGGCCCCAAUGGCGCGGGAGCUGAUGGCGGCGGCCCAGCGGAGGUCGCCCGACGAAGGACGGCGGCAUCGGGCAGUCCCAAAUGGCUGCUAAUGCUGCUGAUGCUCUUUGCCAUUCUCGCCCGGAUGCCGCACAGCCAGGUGGCGGCUGAGAAGAGCAAGCACUAUUACAUGCAGUCGCUGUGCAAGAAUCACUUUCUGCAGCAGCUCUACCGUAAGAUCGACGGAGCCGUACUCUGGUCGCAGAACGAGCGCAAUCUGGACUGCAUCAUCACGUUCCAGACGCACUCGGUGCUGCAGCGCUUCAUGCUCCGCUUCGACAUGCUCCAGCUGGACUGCAACGACCACCUGCUGGUCUACGACGGAGCCCAUGCCGUCUCCACGCCCAAGAUCGACAUCUCGUGCCGGAACACAAAGAACACCGUCAACGCGCUGCUGACGCGCACGAAUUUCGUGACCCUGAAGUACGUGACCGACGGCUGGGGCACAGAUGUGAACGGCUUCAAGCUGGUGAUAACAUCGGUCAAGGAUCCCAAGCACACCUGCAAGGACUUCACCUGCGCCACGCGCGAGUUCUGCAUACAUCCCGAUCUGCUCUGCGACGGCGUCAAUCACUGCGGAGACAACUCGGACGAAUCGGUGCAGAACCUCUGCCAGAGCGAGGCGAGCAGCACCGUGUUCGGAAUGGACAUGACCUGGUUCGUCCUCAUCGUUGUCGGCGUCCUGCUCGUCCUGAGCGCGCUCAUCGUGGCCGUGGCCAUCUGCGUGUGUCGGCGCCAGGACGAGAAUGCCUCCAACCAGAACACCGCUCUCCAGCUACACCACAAUGCGGACACAAAUGGGUCGUCGAAACAUCUGCACUACCAUGGCAUUAGUGUCGGCGGUACGCUGACGAGGGAGCACACACAACUGCCACCACAGUCGGGAAACUGGCAUCACCCUGCGGGACCAUCCGGGUACCACCGCAUUCCACACAACUACUUGAAGAUGGCCACCAAAGUCCGUCCCAUUUGGUGCUUGGCAAAUUCCGUCAAUUAGGUCAAGAUCUUUCACAAAACUCUGCCGGCCUCAGCCAGACGAACAUUGCCGGCUCCGGCAAUCACCAGAGCGCCAAUGCCGCCAAUGCCGGUGCCGCCCAGAAGGACGAAUGGUUCGUCUAGGAUCUGGCAACAUCGUGGCACGAGGGCACUGUGAAGGAACGGAACCAAUUUGACUUGAGCACAAUAAUCUGUACUUGAAUAAGUAAAAUUAUGGAUAUUUGCAGAGCAUUAAAUGAAGACUGUACGACUAUACUUAACAACAAAACAAUGUGGACAUCACCGCGCAGGGUGUAUUAUUAAGAGAUCUCUAUGCGUACCCAAGCAGAAUCUCGAAAGCGUUGGGCAGGUGGUCGGAGUACACACGGAGUACUCCGGCCACUCUGUCGGAUAACCAAUGCAACUGUACAUAGUUUAUAAAUACGAAAAUAUCAUUUAAAGGAUUAAUAUUACAAGCUGGCUAAAAACAGAGACACAGAACAGAGAACAGAGAACCCCAUAUCCCUGAAACGUAUAGGUCGAAUAACUAGGGAGUCCUCGUCUUAAUUUGUUGGCAUUUAUUUACUAGAAUAAUUGUACCAUGCGAUUGUACCAUGUGCUCGUAUCGUAAGAAUAGACAACCAUUACAUUAGACUUCAAUUAUUGCUCUUUGAUUAUCGUCUUAGUUGGCAUUGCGGGUUGCUGCGUUUAAUGUAUGUACAAAAGGACAAGAGUUCUUCAGUUUAUCAUCAGAGUCAUAGUCAGAGGUAGAGUCAACAAUCUUAAGCAUUUAAACCAAACCGUAAGAAGUAUUAAAGAUCAACGAAAACACUGUCAUUGGAAUACAACUUCCGCAAGCCUGGUAUUUAAGGUGUUUUUACAACAAAAAUUAAACAGCAAAAUGGACACAAGAAGGACUCAACAAAAACAAGGGAUGUACAUAGGUAGCCGACAAUAUACAUACAUACAUACAUCAAUACUCGUAAUUAACGAAAAUGCAUUAAGACAUUGCAGAAACAGGAGGAGGAUACUUCUUACUUGCUGUCCACCUGUCCACCUGUUCAACUUCAUAUCCCACUUCCAUUUGUCCACACGAGAGCCGGAAACGACUCUGCAGACUUUCACGAAUCAUCCAAGAACCGAAAAAAACAAACCCAAUGCUAACGGAUAUAUUCUGAGACAUUAAGGACAAUACAGUGAAAACUUUUGCUUUUGAUACAACUCAAUUGAGAACACAAGGGACAUGCGAGUGCAUUUGUAACCUACAGAAGAGUGUCCGAAUCGAAUACAAUUUUCUACAAUCAACCAGAGAACCAGAGGAAUUCUACACUAAAUUAAACAAAAUAAAACAAAAAAAAACAAAACAAAACAAAGUACAUACACAGAGAGUUGAACAUUUUGCUACAAAAUCGAAUGAUAACGAUCAUAUACUUAUACAUAUUGACGAUGCAAUGGAAUGGAAUGGAAUGGAAUAAAGCUCGAGAAAAACCAAAACUAAAAUGCUUCAAAAUGAUUGUAGUACUUCCCGCCGUUAAUAUUUUUUUAAUAUAUCAUACAUACUACAAAUACAAACAAAAACUAAUACAAAAUACAAAUACAAAUCUAAAUAAUAAUACUUAUCCUAAGAUCCGUACGUAAGAGCCCCUUUCCGCUGCUAGAAUUUGUCUUUCAAAAUAUGUACUUCCAUAGGCCGGCCAGUUAGCAAGCCCCCGAGUUCUUUAUGGUUCUUCAAUCUAAUUUUCUGAAACACACAAAAACCACAACAACAAAACAACCAAUCAAAUUUGUUCGUUUGCUAAUAGAGAAAAUUCAUCUAGAAAUAUCCGAAAGUAAAUGCUAUUCCAGCGAGUACCGUACCACGACAAAUCGGAGGGGAUACGGGAAUAAAUGCGAUUUUGUCAAAUUAAAUUAGUUUUGUACUUAGCAGUAAUGAAGGCCCCUAAAGCUAAAUUGAAUACCUAGGCACCUAGGACUGCUAGGACUGCUAGGAAUACUACCUAGGCAUAAUUUCCGCUGAAGGUACCAGUUGAUCAGUUAUGUAUCUUAACUCUCGUUUUGCCCGUGCGUCUUAUAUAAAUCUAUAAUCGUAAAUUAUAGCAAAAUGGUAUUAUGAUAAAUUGAA